CCCUGUCUCAACCAUGUCACGCCUGGUGCAGACGGCAAACUGCAAGCGUGACUUUCGGGCAGGAUGGAAGAUAUUGGGCGUUGGGGUUAACAGUAUCGUCUAUCCGGCUAUCAUGGACCGGUCCGACGGCAGUGUCUUCGAAAUCGCCCUUAAAGCAUCUCGAGUCUCCCUUACCAUCCAGGAGACGGCUUUAAAGCAUGAGGCGCUGGUCCUGCAACACUUGGGACCUUCGCCUCACUUCGUUCAGCUUCAUGGGUACGGACGGUUCCCCCAUUUCGAGUACCUGGCGUUAGAGAAGCUUGGUCCCACGCUGGAUCAGCUGGUGAAGGGAAAGCAGCCCUUGCCAGCCUAUAGGGUGCUGGACUUGGCUAUUCAACUGAUUGACGGGUUGGCCGCGAUGCACAGCAAGGAUAUCCUCCAUGGCGACAUCAAGCCAGGAAACAUCGCGUUGUCCAGCACACCGCUCGACCAUCAAGAAAACCGACCAGUAUAUCUGGAUUUCGGCCUCGCACGCAGCCUUCAGACGGCUGAGAAGCAAGCGUCCUCUCAUAUAGUCGGUACCACGCAUUGGGCCAGCCUGGCCUCUCAUUGCCAUAUGCCUUUGACAGCUGGUCAUGACCUCGAAGGUCUAGCAUAUACGCUGCUAUUCCUGCUUCAUGGCUCGCUGCCGUGGUCAGAGAUCAGAUGCAAGACACCGCAUCUCACCAACCUGGCAGUAGCCAGGGAAAAGGCUCAAUGGACCGGCAGCCGCCUCGCUCAGGGCCACCCUGCUGUUUUUGGCACUAUGCUCGAUCAUUCUCGGAGUAUGGUGGCAAGCCAGAAGCUUGAUCUUUCGAAGAUCCGUGCUGAACUCGAACGCGAACGCCUCAGGCUCGGCAAAGCAAGCACAACUGGUCCGAGGCUCCAUUCUCUCUGGCACCACUGCAGAAACCGCGACGCGAACUAUUGUCGCCACGAACAGAUGUCCAGCGCCCGUGCUGCUCUCCAGAACGGCUACGAUGAGCCAAGCAUGCAGAGCUCCGGCGCGGGGAGCAACAUGCUGGACAAUAGCUUGGACGACUCUGACGGCGGAGAAUGGGACCACCCUCAAGGUGAGCGGAGCUCGAGGCUAACCCUGCCGCUAGGAGCAGAGACGGCAUUGAGCAGCGUCCCAUACCUGACCGACAUCGAUCUGUAUGGCACGCCUGCUUGUGUAUGAGCAAUGUUGGCUCUCCACCACCUCCAUCCGCGUUAGCUCUUCCCAGAGUGGUGUAUUUUGGACUGUGAUACGAUGCUUCUUGCCCCUUCUCUAGCUGAACGUGCUCGUGAGCAAAGCCUCUGCGCCGCAGAUCAAGGUUGUAUUGUAGAACAUUGUUCUACAAAUGUG